AGUUCGAAUUGGAAUUAAUCGAUUAUUGUGUUUUAUUUUACUCAGUGGAAUUGUUUCAUAGGAUAAAAUCGACUUAAAAGCGUAGUCUGUUUUUCAAUUGUGAUAUCUUAAAGUACUGGCUGAAAUGAUGUUUUAAAAUGACGAAUGCCUAUUCUGUCGAUGGUUUAGUAGUUUUCUCCCUUCUGGUGAUAUGUACUUGUUCAUAUAUGAAAAGAGUUCCACGAUUAAAAAGUUUUUUUCUAACUGAAAAGAAAGGUUUCUUUGGUGUCUUCUACAAAGCUGCAGUUAUUGGUGUUCGCCUACAUUGGAUAGUUGCUGUCUUUUGUGCUAUAAUGGCUGUUUACAUUAUAUUGCUCAAAUAAGUCAAUAAAAAUAGAAAAACAAUGUUAGAUAGCAAUAUAUUAUGAUUAAAAUUUGUUUUCUCUCUA